CUCCUAUUGCCAUAUGCACGAAAACCAAAGAAUAAGGUAGUUGAAUCUAGAACUCGAAAAACACUUUUAAUAGCAACACUCAAUGGUUUGUUGCAUAUGAUUGGUUCGUAUUUAUUGCGCUAUGCGCUCAGGCCCCCGGAGAUGCAGAUUAGGUUUAACUCCGAGCUAACUCACCCAAGCCUGGCUGCACCUCGAACGCGACACAUGAUUCCACUGUACUUCCCACUCCGCUUUUCUUGGCCCUCUUAUCAAUCAGAGACCCUUGGAUCACAUGUUCAAAUACUCGGCUUACCUGCAACUAUGGUAACCUUGACUAUACCAGCCUCGGUUGCGAAGCGAAAGCAAGCAUGCACCAGCUGUCGACAGCGGAAGAAGAAAUGCGACGUACGUGUAAUGAUGUACUGA